AAUGUUGUUUGUUACAUGACAUCCUCUUUUACAAAACAAAACAUAAACCUCAAACUUUGUUCAACAAAACCUUAUCUAUCUAUCUAUGUCUAUGUUCUAACAUCUUACACUUCCACCGUCUCUUUCUCUCUACCUUCAAUGGCAUCAUCCAUCAUUCCUCGUCACUAUUGCUCCAACUUUGCAACUACACCCAUUUUGUUUCACUCUAAUAAUCACUCUAAGAGUCUUAAUUAUCCAUUUUUGAAUACCAAUGUUGGAGGAUUUAGUAGAAGUUUCACUACUCGUUGCUCUUAUCAAACUCCACCAACCCAUCAUUCUCAAUUUGAUCAUAAACAUAAAGGAAAGUCAUUUUGCUUAAAGCAAUGCGCGAUAUCUUUAGCGCUUGCGGUCGGGUUAAUAACAGGAGUUCCUACGUUGGGGUUGCCUAACGAUGCACAUGCAGCUAACCCCGUGUUACCUGAUCUGUCUGUAUUGAUAUCUGGACCACCAAUUAAGGACCCUGGGGCAUUGUUGAGAUAUGGUCUUCCUAUUGACAAUAAGGCGAUUAGAGAAGUGCAAAAACCACUUGAAGAUAUUACUGAUAGUCUCAAGAUUUCUGGAGUCAAGGCACUCGACUCUGUCGAAAGAAAUGUGAGACAGGCAUCUCGAGCUCUCAAGCAAGGUAAGACGUUAAUUAUAUCAGGUUUAGCUGAAUCAAAGAAAGAACAUGGAGUUGAGUUGCUUAAUAAGCUGGAAGCUGGUAUCGAUGAAUUUGAACUGAUAUUACAAGAUAGGAAUCGGGUCGCUGUGGCACCAAAACAGAAGGAACUUCUUCAAUAUGUUGGAGGUGUUGAAGAAGACAUGGUUGAUGGAUUUCCAUAUGAAGUGCCUGAGGAAUACCGAAAUUUGCCUUUAUUGAAAGGGAGAGCAGCUGUAGAUAUGAAGGUCAAGAUUAAAGACAAUCCAAACUUGGAGGAAUGUGUGUUCCACAUAGUUCUUGAUGGUUAUAAUGCCCCUGUAACUGCCGGCAAUUUCGUUGACUUGGUAGAGAGACACUUUUAUGAUGGCAUGGAGAUCCAGAGAGCGGAUGGGUUUGUUGUCCAAACUGGUGACCCUGAAGGCCCUGCCGAGGGUUUUAUUGAUCCAAGUACAGAGAAAACAAGGACUAUACCUUUAGAAAUUAUGGUAGAGGGAGAAAAGGCACCUGUUUAUGGAGAAACUCUAGAGGAGCUUGGUCUAUACAAGGCUCAAACAAAGCUUCCAUUUAAUGCAUUCGGAACAAUGGCAAUGGCAAGAGAUGAAUUUGAGGACAACUCUGGUUCUAGCCAAGUAUUUUGGCUAUUGAAAGAAAGUGAGCUAACACCAAGCAAUGCCAAUAUAUUGGAUGGUAGAUAUGCUGUUUUCGGCUAUGUAACAGAAAAUGAAGAUUUCUUAGCAGACCUUAAGGUUGGUGAUGUCAUAGAAUCUAUUCAAGUUGUUUCUGGUUUGGAUAAUUUGGCGAAUCCCAGCUACAAGAUUGCUGGUUAAGGAUCUUUAUGUUUUCCGGCUAUUAAAUAUUGCACACGAGUAUUCGAUCGACGCGUAGUUCGACCUUCAACGGUUACCGGAGAAGCAGAUUUUUACAUCCAGAAUCUAGCUUUCAGUUAAGCAGGUUGAGAUAUAUUAUGUUUUUUUAAGGCUUGUAGCUAUUAUUCAAUCAAUUCAUCAAUGAAAUUGUGACUGUUUUGUGAGGAAAUUGUAUGUAGGUUAUUCAUGUACUAGAGCUAUUCAUAUGAGAAGACAUAAUAUUAUCAGUGUAAUUUUUUUUACAUGUCAAUCA